AGCGAAGAUAAUUAUAUUCAUCUAAAUCACGUCACGUGUUUAGAAAACAAAAGGGGGUUCUGGAUUCAAUGAUUCAUGGAAACCCAAAGGAAUUGGGUCGGUUUCACGCGUUGGUGAUCCAUGCCCUGCAAAUUUUGAUGGUCACUCAGUCUCUCACAGUCACAGAGUCGGACUCAAACCCAUCUCUGUAUCUCUCUCGUCGUCUUGUGCAGCUUCUGGGUUGUGGGUUUUGAGAGUUUAAUCCAGUUCUGAUGACCGUUUGUAUCCUUCUUGGUUGUUGGAUUGAAUCAUGAAGCUUUUGGGUCUUGAAUAGUUAAAUUGACGAUCUUUUUUGAACUUUCAUCGGGAUUCCUGGGACUGCGGAUUCUUUUUGAAAGAUCGGCUAAUUUCAAAUGGGAAAUUACUGUCUGUUCUGUUGGGAGCGGGGGAUUCCAGUUGAAGGGUUUGGACCGUUGACCUGAGUUGGGCUUGAUUAGAGAAGAUAUCAUUGAAGGAAGAGUGAUGCAGAGGAACGAGGGAGGAGAGAUGUCAUCGAAGUCCACAACUAGGACUAAUUGUUCGAGGAGCAGUUCUGCUCGAUCGAAGCGAAAUGAUCGUUUAAUUGUACAGACCCCGAUUGAUGCAAAACUAGAUGGAGAUUUUGAAGAAUCAGAACGUUUGUUUGACUACUCAACUUCAGUUGAUGUCAACGCUUCAAGUUCAACCAGCAAUGUUCCCUCUUCCGCAGUAUCAGCUUACCUCCACAAGAUGCAGAGAGGAAGCCUUAUUCAACCCUUUGGUUGCUUGAUUGCUGUGGAUGAGCAAAACUUCAAGGUUCUUGCCUACAGUGAAAAUGCCCCAGAAUUGUUAGACUUAGCCCCUCAUGCUGUUCCAAGUAUUGAGCAGCAAGAUGCGCUGACGUUUGGAAUCGAUGCACGGACACUCUUUAGAUCCCCAGGUGCUGGUGCUUUGCAGAAAGCUGCCAAUUUUGAGGAAGUUAAUGUUCUCAACCCAAUAUUACUUCACUGUAGAACCUCAGGUAAGGCCUUUUAUGCAAUUUUGCAUAGAAUUGAUGUGGGGUUGGUCAUAGAUUUGGAACCUGUAAAUCCUGCUGAUGUACCAAUUACGGCUGCUGGGGCACUGAAGUCCUACAAGCUAGCAGCCAAAGCCAUAUCCAGAUUGCAGUCCUUGCCAAGUAGCAAUAUGUCACUGCUCUGUGAUGUUUUAGUUAAAGAAGUUAGUGAGUUGACGGGUUAUGAUCGUGUAAUGGUGUAUAAAUUUCAUGAUGAUGAUCAUGGGGAAGUUGUUGCAGAGUAUUGUAUACCUGACUUGGAACCUUAUCUAGGCUUGCAUUACCCAGCUACGGAUAUACCUCAAGCUUCUAGGUUUCUUUUCAUGAAAAAUAAGGUUAGGAUGAUUUGUGAUUGUUUGGCACCGCCAGUCAAAGUGCUGCAGGACAAGAGAUUGGCUCAGCCAUUAAGUCUUUGUGGAUCCACAUUGCGAUCACCCCAUGGAUGUCACGCACUGUAUAUGGCAAAUAUGGGCUCGAUUGCAUCUCUUGUGAUGUCUCUGACAAUCAAUGAGGAUGACGAUGAGACAAACAGUGACCAACAGAAGGGAAGGAAAUUGUGGGGCUUGGUAGUUUGCCAUCACACAACCCCAAGGUUUGUUCCAUUUCCUUUGAGAUACGCCUGUGAGUUCUUGAUCCAAGUCUUUGGUGUACAGAUCAAUAAGGAAGUUGAGUUAGCGACGCAACUGAAGGAAAAGCAUAUUUUACGAACUCAAACUUUGCUCUGUGACAUGCUCCUUAGAGAUGCUCCAGUGGGAAUUCUUACUCAAUCCCCUAAUGUGAUGGAUCUUGUUAAGUGCGACGGAGCAGCGCUUUAUUACCGAAACAAAUUUUGGUUACUUGGGGUUACUCCUACAGAGAUACAGAUUAAAGAUAUUGCUGAGUGGCUUCUUGAUUACCACAGUGAAAGUACAGGCUUAAGUACUGACAGCCUUAUGGAAGCUGGUUAUCCAGAUGCUUCAAUUCUAGGUGAAGCUGUGUGUGGGAUGGCUGCUGUUAAGAUUACUUCAAAAGAUUUUCUCUUUUGGUUUCGAUCCCAUACUGCAAAAGAAAUGAAGUGGGGUGGUGCUAAACAUGAUCCUGCUGACAAGGAUGAUGGAAAAAGGAUGCACCCCAGAUCAUCAUUCAAGGCUUUUCUAGAGGUGGUUAAGCAACGGAGCCUACCUUGGGAAGAUGUGGAGAUGGAUGCCAUUCAUUCCUUGCAGUUGAUAUUGAGAGGAUCCUUGCCAGAUGAGGUAGUGGAUAAUUCAAAGACGGUUGUGAAUGUUCCAUCAGUUGAUGAAAAGAUUCAGAAGAUCCAUGAACUCCGUGUGGUCACAAAUGAACUGGUUCGCCUUAUUAAUACAGCUGCUGUCCCCAUCUUGGCUGUAGACGCUGUGGGAAUUGUAAAUGGGUGGAAUGCGAAACUAGCUGAGCUUACUGGUCUGACUGUUGAGCAAGCUAUUGGCAUGCCUUUAGUCAAACUUGUUGAGGGCGAUUCACUUGACUCGGUUAAUAACAUGAUCUCGUUGGCUCUGCAAGGCAUUGAAGAGCGAAGCAUCGAAAUCAAACUCAAAACAUUUGGUCCUCGAAAAAGCACUGGUCCUAUACUUUUGGUGGUUAGUGCAUGUUGUACUCGAGGGUUAAAUGAAAAUGUUGUAGGCAUUUGCUUUAUUGGACAAGAUCUUACAAGCCAAAAGAUGAUUCUGGACAAAUAUACAUGUAUGCAAGGUGAUUAUGUUGGAAUCUUGAGAAACCCUUCUCCACUUAUUCCUCCAAUUUUUAUGGCUGAUGAACAUGGACGAUGUUUUGAGUGGAACGAUGCAAUGCAAAAAUUGUCUGGUUUAACUAAAGAAGAAGCCAUGGAUAAAAUGCUUUUAGGGGAGGUUUUCACAGUCAACAGUUUUGGUUGUCGGGUCAAAGAUAAUGACACUUUAAUUAAACUCAGGAUUCUACUGAAUAGUGUAAUUGCAGGAGAGAACGUGGAAAAAUUGUUGUUUGGGCUCUUUGACCGGCAUGGUAAUUGUGUUGAAGCUUUGCUUUCUGCAAAUAAAAGAACUGAUGCAGAGGGAAGGAUAACCGGGGUUUUGUGCUUUUUGCAUGUGACUAGUCCGGAACUGCAAUAUGCUUUGCAUGUACAGAGGAUGACAGAGCAUGCUGCAGCUCAAAGCCUCAAUAAAUUGGAAUAUAUUCGACAGGAAAUAAAAAAGCCCCUAAACGGGAUCAGUUUCCUGCAGAAUCUAAUGGGGUCUUCUGACCUAAGCAAAGAGCAGUUGCAGCUUCUUAAGAGAAGUGUACUGUGUCAAGAACAGUUAAACAAGAUCGUUGAUGAUACUAAUAUUGAGAAUAUUGAGGAAUGCUAUAUGGAACUGAACUGUACUGAAUUCAACCUGGGAGAAACUCUAGAGGUUACAAUGAACCAGAUUAGGAUUUUGAGCCAAGAGCGGCAGGUUCAUAUCAUCCAUGAUUUACCCUUGGAAGUGUCAUCCAUGCACUUGUAUGGAGACAAUCUGAGGCUUCAGCAAGUUCUUUCAGAUCUUUUGACGAAUGCUAUCACUUUCACCCCUGCAUUUGAGGGAUCAUCAAUUACAUUCACAGUUAUUCCCCGACAAGAACGUAUCGGAACUAAGCUACAUAUUGUCCAUCUUGAAUUUCGGAUCACCCAUACAGCACCCGGGAUCCCAGAGGAUUUGAUUCUCCAGAUGUUUAACCACCACGAAGGUGUCUCAAGGGAAGGUCUGGGCCUCUACAUCUGCCAGAAGCUUGUAAAGAUCAUGAAUGGCACUGUACAAUAUCUAAGAGGAGCAGAAAGAUCAUCUUUCAUCGUUCUCGUAGAAUUUCCGUUGGCUAGCAAUUAAAAGUUGAAACUGAGUCCAUAUGGAGUCUGAUUCUCAGACAAUACAGUGCCUGCAGGCCCUUCGCUUAAAUCAACUUGGCUGCAUAUCCCGCGCAUGAUCUUUGGCAAAAUGAAUGGUUGUAAUACAACGCGGGGUUGGAUCAAGGUUUAGAUUGAAAACUGGAUGGUACUGGAAACUUAGAUGGACAGAUUGGCAAAGUAGUUGUUUAUUCUUCUGUUGUUCAAGAAGCUAGCAAUGAUUUUAUGGCAGAUUGUUGAGAGUGUUUAGAAAGUAAAAAUGUAAAAUAAGUUCUAGCUAGCACUUUUGAACCCCUAACCCUCAAUUUCUUGUAACGUGUUCUUCUGCUGCAUUGACUUUCAAUAGGGAUUCUUUUCUUUGGAAAAAGGGAUCAGCAUUGUUGUACACUAAA